CACAUUCAAAAUGCUGUCAAAUAAUGAAAAAAAUUAACAAAAAUUGAAAGCAAAAUUACAGAAAUGUGAUACGAAAAAAUGUCUCAAUCGGCGUGCUUGAUGCUGGCAUCAAAACAGAAGGAAUAUAAAGCGAGUACAAAUAGUCUAUGUUUGAAAAGCUCUUCAGUGCUGAGCAGUUGUCGUAUCUGCCUGUCCUCCAUAUUCAAGCCCGCGUUGCUAACAUGCGGACAUAAGUUCUGCGAGAAUUGUUUAGAUGAUUAUUGGCGGGUGAAGGAGAAACCAAACUUCUUGAUAUGUCCUCUGUGCAGGGCACAGGUUUACAAUGUGGACUUUACGGAAACCGAACACGCUAAUAACUGUGCCAACUAUCUCAAUCUUUUCCCUUGUGACAGUAGGCCGAUUGACCGAACAGGCGAGACUUUUCCGUCUCAACUCAAUAGUUCGGUUGUAUACGUCACCCGGACUGUAGAGCUGCUCCUUGUAAACAGUAGUUCGUCGUGGCCAAAAUCUUUUGACUUUGCUGGUAAAUUUGAUUCUUUUUGUAAUGGGAAUGGGCCCCCAGGAGAAGCUAAGAAGAGGGUGGAAAAUGCUUCAUGCAUAUCAGCUAAAGAAGAGGGUCUGAAUCAACCUUCAAAAGAAUUUCGUAAAAACUUCAGUUUGUUGGAAACUGUGGAUGCAACCGAUACAAAUAAAUCAACGCUAAUUUAUUUCAAAAUUACAAUGAUGAUAUCAAUUGUUUACUAUUUACUUAUGUUAUGGUUGAAGCUACCGACUGAAGAUCUCUUCAGAUGGAAAUUGUGGUAUAAAAUGUAAUAAGCUAAAUAUUGAUAAAUUGUGAAUGGGUUGUGUUCAAAACUUGCUGCAUAAAUAAAAUGUUAAAAUAUGCUCAUUUCAUUUGCCUUAAACU